CGACCAGGGAACUCGUCUUCUAGUUUAACUUGACUUCAUGAAACAUAGACUAUUGAUUUCGGAGGAGGGAGUAUUGAAGACAUGAAAACUAUUCCGAAUAAAUCUAAUCAGUUUUUGGACUCGCUGGCCAUUCAAAGGAGGACAUGUAAGCUACAUUUUGAAGCUGCUCCCCUGAAGAUAGUUAGAGCAUCACGUCAGUAUAUGUAUGAUGACUCUGGAGCAGAAUACCUCGACUGCAUCAGUAUUGUAUCACAUGUGGGUCACUGUCACCCCCAUGUGGUCCAUGCUGGACAGGAACAGAUGGCCCGAAUGACUACAAGUGCUGGAUUCCUCAAUGAAACCAUGGUGGAAUAUGCCAAGCGAAUAGUGGAGACAUUGCCUGACAAAUUAUGUGUCUGUUUCCUUGUUAAUUCUGGAUCUGAAGCAAAUGACUUAGCUCUGCGACUGGCACGGAAUUACACAAAGCAUUCAGAUGUAAUGGUAGUGGAAAAUGCCUACCAUGGAAACAUUGCCAGCCUGUUAGAAAUCAGUCCAAAGAAAUGGCAACAGAUGGGAAUACAACAAAAAGAUUGGGUCCAUGUGGUGCCCUGUCCUGAUACCUACAGAGGUAUAUUCAAGGAGGAUUCUGAAAACCCUGGAUUACUUUACGCCAAUGAAAUUAAGAAGAUGAUCAGAAAAUGUAAAGAUAAAAACCGAACUAUUUCAGCUUUCAUUUCCGAGCCAUUGAUGACGGUGUGCGGCGUGAUUGUUCCACCACAAAAUUACUUAAAAAACGUGUACAGAUACAUACAUGAAGCAGGGGGUAUAUGUAUUGCUGAUGAGGUACAAGUGGGACUUGGGCGUGUUGGAGAACGUUUCUGGUCAUUCCAGACACAUGAUGUGGUGCCUGACAUUGUCACUGUGGGUAAACCGUUAGGAAAUGGUCAUCCGAUGGCAUUACUGGUGACAACAAAGGAGAUUGCAGACACCCUUGGCGAGUUUAGCAGCACGUUUGGUGGAAACCCUGUGGCUUGUGCAGUAGGCAUGGCAGUGUUGGACGUGAUCCGUAAUGAGAAACUACAGGCCAGUGCCAAGUCUGUUGGCAAGUGUCUGCUUGAUGGAUUCAGGGCCAUUCAGCCAAAACAUCCCAUGAUGGGUGAUAUCAGGGGUAUGGGAAUGAUCAUUGGGAUUGAUAUCGUUUUGGACAAGGAGAGCAGGAAACCUGCAAAACAGGCCGCUGAAAUCCUAAGCUACAAACUUAAGGAAGGAAAGAUCCUCAUUGCAAAUGAUGGUCCAGACAAAAAUAUCAUGAUUAUUUCUCCGCCCAUGUGCUUCACAUGCGACAAUGCAAGACAAGUUGUGCAGGCUUUUGAUGUUGCACUAGCUGCCAUUGAACAAAGUGCGUUAGAGGCAGGAGUGACAUCAUUACCUGAUGAACAGAGGAUAUUAAAUAUUCCACUGGAUAUCCUCUCAUCAAACCUGGACACAGGACUAGACUCAGACUCUGACAGUGAAGGUUCACAAGCCAAGAAAGCACGUUACGAAGAAAUGGACUAAGCAGUGUGUUACAGUUAAUACACCUAAGAUACGGGUCAUUAAUUACAGAAGACGAAAGAUUUGAUAUGAAAGAAGGUAAACGAGAAAUGUGACUUAAUCCUUUCUUUAAGGUUUAUAAGGUUGUAAAAGUAGGAGGAACACUGUGUUUGAAUGCUUAUGAACAAAUGUUUGUGUGAUGAAGGCAGCUCAAGGGAUCUUGGUAUUUAAUUGAAGGAAAAUGUUUAAACAUGUUAUAACAUAUGAGAAUUCUGUACACUUUAGGGGGACAAUGAAGUCAAAGCAAUGUCAGUAUAUAGUGUUUAUGUUGUAUAUUGCUGUAGUAGACUGUAUAAACUGGGCUAUUGUGAUCAAUAUUUGUUACUAAGUGUUAUAUAUCUCAGCACGUCAAGUCCCAUCUUGUCUUUUUCUGAAUCAAUAUUAUCCAGGUAACAUUACCUGGACAUUUGUAUCUGAUAUGUAAGUGUUUAUUUCACAGGUCAAGGUUAAUAUUUGUAGACAUUUAUCCAACAGUCUGUGAUACAAUUUUUGUAUGGGAGACACUAAUGCCUUAUAGAUUUUAUAAUCUCUUUGAGACACCAUAUACCACAAUAAAACUGCAAUAGAGUUGUGUGUAAAUGAACAAUUAAAUAAUUUUGUGGUACUUGUUUUUUAUGGAGAAUUGUGCUCUGUAAAAAUACAAUGUGUAUAUAUAAGACAGUGGUCUAAAUAACAACAUCACAGUGUAUAGCAAAAUAUUAAAUGUUCUACGGUACUUUAAUGAAUACACUAUAUAGAAAGGACAAAGUUCUGACAAUACACAACAUAGAAAGGACGAAGUUCUGACAAUACACAAUAUAGAAAGGACAAAGUUCUGACAAUACACAAUAUAGAAAGGACAAAGUUCUGACAAUACACAAUAUAGAGAGGACAAAGUUCUGACAAUACACAAUAUAGAAAGGAGGAAGUUCUGACAAUACACAAAUUGAAAGGACAAAGUUCUGACAACACACAGUAUAGAAAGGACAAAGUUCUGACAAUACACAAUAUAGAAAGGACAAAGUUCUGACAAUACACAAUAUCGAAAGUAUGAAGUUCUGACAAUACACAACAUAGAAAGGACAAAGUUCUGACAAUACACAAAUUGAAAGGACAAAGUUCUGACAACACACAGUAUAGAAAGGACAAAGUUCUGACAAUACACAAUAUAGAAAGGAGGAAGUUCUGACAAUACACAAUAUAGAAAGGACAAAGUUCUGACAAUACACAAUAUAGAAAGGACAAAGUUCUGACAAUACACAAAUUGAAAGGACAAAGUUCUGACAAUACACAAUAUAGUAAGUAUGAAGUUCUGACAUUACACAGUAUAAACAGAACUUAGUGUAGCCAUACAAUACAGUGUAGAUAUGAAAAUAACUUUGUUCUACAAAAUAGUUAAGGUGUAAAUAAAUCUUUGUUCUACGAAACAGUAUAGUGUAUCGAUAGGAUAAAGUUGUACAAUUAAGUAUAUAUAAAGGAUGGAUUGGUACAAAAAUGCAUAAAUAUUAUAUACAUUACAGUGUAAAAUAGGACUGAUUUUUACAAUACAACAUAUAAAUAGGACAGAGUUCUACAUUACAGUGUAAAAUAGGACUGAUUUUUACAAUACAACAUAUAAAUAGGACAGAGUUCUAUAUUACAGUGUAAAAUAGGACUGAUUUUUACAAUACAACAUAUAAAUAGGACAGAGUUCUACAUUACAGUGUAAAAUAGGACUGAUUUUUACAAAACAAUGUAUAAAUAGGACAGAGUUCUACAUUACAGUGUAAAAUAGGACUGAUUUUUACAAUACAACGUAUAAAUAGGACAGAGUUCUACAUUACAGUGUAAAAUAGGACUGAUUUUAUCAAUACAACAUAUAAAUAGGACAGAGUUCUACAUUACAAUGUAAAAUAGGACUGAUUUUUACAAUACAACAUAUAAAUAGGACAGAGUUCUACAUUACAGUGUAAAAUAGGACUGAUUUUUACAAAACAAUGUAUAAAUAGGACAGAGUUCUACAUUACAGUGUAAAAUAGGACUGAUUUUUACAAAACAAUGUAUAAAUAGGACAGAGUUCUACAUUACAGUGUAAAAUAGGACUGAUUUUUACAAUACAACAUAUAAAUAGGACAGAGUUCUACAUUACAGUGUAAAAUAGGACUGAUUUUUACAAUACAACGUAUAAAUAGGACAGAGUUCUACAUUACAGUGUAAAAUAGGACUGAUUUUUACAAUACAACAUAUAAAUAGGACAGAGUUCUACAUUACAGUGUACACAUUGUAUGAUAGGACUGAGUUGUACAAUAUAACACAUAAAUGUUUUUACUAUAAUUUUAACAUCAGUUUCAACAACCUCGUACUGAAUAAUGUAUCGAAUGUAAUUCAAGAGUGUAAUCUUUAUUUAACUUGUAUAAAUCACAUUAAAAGUAUUAUAAAAUGUAUUACCAUCUUUUACAAAAGGAUUCCAUUGUGAGAAAUUAUAUCACAUUUUAUUGAUACAGAAUAAUUUUAUGCCU